GGGAAGCACAGUAGUAGGGGGUCCAGCUCUGACGCCUGCCUGUUCCGGGGGGGCUGGGGCUGGGCCGGGUCCUAUGACCAGGCCACCGGUGCCCCCAGGAGGAGGGGAGCCCAGGACAAGCUGUUGCGGGGAGACCCCCAUGGCCUGAGGUCUCAGUGUGAGGGCUGUGGGGGUCCCUGCGGGGGUCUCUGUGGGCAUGCUCCUCCUGAACGGUGGGCCGCACUGGCCCGGCCCUCUGUCCCCCCAGGAGCAGAGCUGCUGAAGGGUGGGGGGCAGGUAGGCGGGCAGGAAUACCGGCCGCGCCCAGCUGCACACUGCUCUGCCUGCCCCCACCUCGCCAUGCCCCUCGCGGCACCUCCUUUGGCCUGGACAUGCUCUGAUGACCCCUGCCGACCCCAAGGGUGUGACCCCACUCCCACCCCUCCUGCACCCCGUGACCCUAGCAGAGCCCCGGCCCCCCAGAGCUGCCACCCCAAGCCCCCCAGUUGCUCUGGGGCUGGUGACCGACAAUUAAACACGCCCCACCCGUGUCACUAGCAAACCGUGGUGGGCUCAAGGGGGCCGGGGCCCAGGGAGAGCGGCCAGGUGGGAAGGGGCUUCCUGGAGGAAGGCAGUGGAAGGCUCUCGGGAGGCCAGUGGGGGCAGGGCUGGGCUGCCCAGGCCGGGACUGCUUGGCAGGGCUGGGGAGGGGGUGGUGGCCGGGAGGCUGGGCCCGCACCUCCCUCCACCUGGCGCCGCUCGGAACACUUGCCCUGGCCACCCCAGGCGGCCUCCUUGCCUGGGCAGACCGAGCUGGCUGCUGCUGGGCAGAUGGAAUGGUGGGCAAGGUCCCCAGGGGUCACCCUCAUGAGUGACCUGGCCGCCUGGGCCGUUUGCUCCAAGGCAGCGGGGCCAGGAGAUGGGGCACCCUCCAGACACCCACAGUGCCCGCACCCCAGCGGGCACCACAGCCGCUCCUGGGCUCACACCGGACCUCACCACCCCCAUCCCCUGGCUCCGCUGGGCACUCGUGGCCGCUGCCGUGGUGGCAGGCAUCCUCCUCGCUUCCUGCCUGCUCUGCACCGUCCGCUGCUGCCGCCGUGGGCGCCGCAGGAAGAGGCCCAGAGACAAGCAGGCUGUGGUCCCGGGCACCGCCGAGCUCACCACCACCACCCACCUGGUGCAGCCGGAGUUGGGUAACGUGGCAUCUGGACCUGGGGGGGCCCAGCAGUGGGGGCGCCUGCAGCUGUCCCUGGAGUACGACUCUGGAAGCCAGGAGAUCAGGGUGGGCCUCAAGCAGGCCGCGGACCUGAGGCCCGGGGCCCCGGACGGCACGGCGGACCCCUACGCCCGCCUGAGCCUGUCCCCGGACGCCGGGCUCGUGCGCGAGACGAAGGUGCAUCGUGGCACGCUGUGCCCCGUGUUCGAGGAGACCUGCUCCUUCCACGUGAGUCAGGGCUGGGCCCGGGGGGCCGGGCGGGGGGCCGGGCGGCUCACACCCCGCCCGCAGGAGCCGCCCAGGACCAGCCUGCGUGUGCUGCUCCUGGACCACAGGCGCCUCUCCCAGCACCGACCGCUGGGCGCGCUCAGCCUGCCGCUGGGCUCCGUGGACCUGCAGCACGUGCUGGAGCUCUGGCGCCCGCUGGGCCCGCCCGCCGCGGCUGAGCCUGAGCAGACGGAGGAGCUCUGCUUCUCGCUCCGCUACGUGCCUGGCUCGGGCCGGCUGACCGUGGUCGUGCUGGAGGCCCGAGGCCUGAGCCGUGCACUGGCAGACCCCUACGUGAAGAUCCAGCUCAUGCUGAACCGGAGGAAGUGGAAAAGAAGAAAGACGUCGGCCAGGAAGGGCACGGCCACCCCUUACUUCAACGAGGGCUUCACCUUCCUCGUGCCCUUCGGCCAGAUCCAGAGCGUGGAUCUGGUGCUGGCUGUCUGGGCCCGGGGCCCACAGCUGCGGGCCGAGCCAGUCGGCAAGGUGCUGCUGGGCCCCCGGGCCUCUGGGCAGCCUCUCCAGCACUGGGCGGACAGGCGGCCCGUCGCCCAGUGGCACCGCCUGCAGCCAGCCAGGGAGGUGGACCAGGCCCUGGCCUUGCAGUCCCGCCUGCGUCUGCCCUUGCCUGGCUUCUGAGGGCAGCCCUGGGCCUGGGCCUCCCCGUGCGCAUUGCCCCAGGGCCCGCGGCAAUAAACGCCUCCCCUCCA